GCGGGGUCGGCGCCGGGUCGCGCUGCGCCUGCGCGGGGGCGGGCGGUGACGUGGCUGCGAUGGCGCGCUGCUCGGCGGCUCUGGCUUCGCUGCUGACCCUCGGCCUGACUCUGGGCCUCGGCGCUCAGGCUUACUUCGUCAGCAUCGACGCGCACGCCGAGGAAUGCUUCUUCGAGAAGGUUACGUCCGGCACCAAGAUGGGGCUGAUCUUCGAGGUGGCGGAGGGCGGCUUCCUGGACAUCGAUGUGGAGAUCACGGGGCCGGAUGGCAAGAACAUAUAUAAGGGAGACCGGGAGUCCAGCGGCAAGUACACCUUUGCUGCCCACAUGGAUGGCACUUACAAGUUCUGCUUCAGCAACAGGAUGUCCACCAUGACCCCCAAGAUAGUCAUGUUCACUGUUGACAUCGGAGAGGCCCCAAAGGGCCACGACAUGGAGACCGAAGGUGGUGGUGAUACCUGGGAUGCUCACCAGAACAAGCUGGAGGAGAUGAUCGACGAACUGGCUGUGGCCAUGACGGCCGUGAAGCACGAGCAGGAGUACAUGGAGGUGCGAGAGAGGAUACACAGAGCAAUCAACGACAACACAAACAGCAGAGUGGUCCUCUGGUCUUUCUUCGAAGCUCUGGUACUUGUCGCCAUGACGCUGGGACAGAUCUACUACCUGAAGAGGUUUUUCGAAGUGCGGCGGGUUGUGUGAAGCUCUCUUGCUCUCUUCCCCUCCCCUCCCCCGCACACACAUGCAGUUUCAACAGCUAAAACCCACAAUCCAAUCACAACAAUCUUUUUCUCUCUCUCUCUCUCUCUCACACACACACAUACACACACACACACACACAUAUACACACACAUGCUCACAUACGCAUACACAUCAGUGGGUCUGCAUUUACAGUUUUAUUUAAAAACGAAGCCUUUUUGUAGUAUAAUUUGGGGAAUCUUUGGUUGCGAGGUAUAAUUUGUGAAGAGCAGCGGUUGUGCUGUGGGUGGGGGAGGGGGUUUUGGUGCUCUGCGAUCUGGUUACAUGUGGAUUUGGGAAAAGGCGGCUGAAAACCAAGCUGUGUGUGUCUGCGUGUCUGAGUGAGCUCAGAGCGCAAUGUGUGUGCGUCUGUGUGCGCACACGCGCAUGUACAUUUCCACAUCACCAGCGCUCCUCCUGCGGUCAGUCACUCUGCUAAAGUGACCGUGCAUUUCUACUGAUGAAUACAGCCAUCAGUAUGUCGCUUUGUUUAAACAUGUCAAAGUUUAUCCGCGACUGGUUUUCUUCCUUCGUUUCGUUCACCCUGUUUCCACUGCUGGAGCUGGGGGUGUCUUGGGGAGGGAGGGAGGGUGGGAGGUAGGGUGGGGCUGGUAGUGGGAAUUGGGGUUGGGUUCAGGUUUAGUUUGGGCUUGUGUUACGGAUUUUGAGAACACUGAUCCACAAUCAAUCCUAGUGGGUUUUUUUUUUGCUUCUCUGUAAUUGGUAAAUGACGAUAGGCUCAAACUGCAAACAUCAGAUAGUGGGGGGAGGGAAGGGGGCAUGGGGUGCGAGUGUGAGUGCGUUACUCACACACAAUCUUUAGGGAAUCUUUUAAGGUGGCCCUGGACAAUUUUGUACAAUUUCUUUACAGUUGUUAGGGUUUUCUCUGUGUUUAGGGAUAAACUUGUAGUAUUCUUUUUUGGGAGGGACGGGGGCGUGGGAUACUGAUCUGCAAUAACUGAAGUUACACCAAGCCACGACCUUUGAUUUUUUUUUUUCCCCCCUCGAUUGUGAGUGGACUCCUUUACAUAUUUUUGGAAAAAAAAAUAAAAAUCUCUAAUGGGAACAAUUCCACUUGAUUCCAGAAACGCACUAACUUCAAACCCUGUUCAUCUCCUCCUUUAUUCACCCUACCUUUUUUGCUCUCUCUUUCGCUCUCUCUCUGUCUCUCACCCCCAAACUCUUGUAUGAUGACUGAAAACUAUGGUGGAGGCACCAAUCUCCUAACCCUUUACCUCAGAUGUGAACAGUAUUUUCCCACCAUUGUCAUGGAUUUGUUCCAGCCUCAAAAUUUUCGGUGCCAACAUCCAUUACCAGAGUGUUCCCUUAAUUCAUAAAUAGACUCCAAAAUCAACCCCAAAAAGUAACAUAAGGUUCUGGGGUUUGCCCUCAUCGGUGAUCAUUGAUCUGACUUGAUGGUUUGACGAUUUACUUGAAACCUUUUGUUUAAUUGUGUGGGUAGCGGGGGAAAAAGAGAAACCAACUAGAAUUUCAGAAGCUGAAGAUUAUUGAGAGAAUGGCAGCGCGAUUGAUUGAGAGAGAAUUCUAGAACAUUUGCAAAACUGCGAUUAAAUGUGGAACAUUUUUUUAAACCAAUUUCAUUUUUAUAUAUAAAAAAAACAAAGGUUUGUUUGAACCUUCCGUGCGUGUCUGAAAUUAGUUGGAAUUUCUUCCGAAACCUUUUUUGACAGAGUUCGUUCUACUACGUGGGACCACUUCUGUGGGAAUAAAACUUGUGGCAAAAAGUCUGUCUUCUUAAAGCAACAGCGAGUUGGUAAACAGUUACUGUCUGCCAAUUUGUUUUCAAAAAUGUCCAGAACAUCGCAUUUCAAAAUGGAUUGAAUGCGAUUUAAUGAUGUAAUUUAAAGUUAAAACGUAUGUGUCCAAUAAAAUGACCCCAAAAACCAAUGAGUAACCAAUAAAUUCUCUAUUAAAAACUA